CCGGCACUGUUGAUGUUGACACUAGGCCGAAGCCGACGCCGCUGUCAGACGACCCCCGCCCCCCUCGUCCUACCGCUCCGUAGCCGCGAGGGAGAAAGGAGGGAAAGGACCGCUCGGGCUUCACCGCCUCACUCAGGCGCCUCCCCGGAUGGAGGGCUCGAUUCGCCGUCUCUUCCGCCUCCCCGCUGAGCUGUGGGGGUGAACGCGAGAGGCUGUGAUCGAUCCUGUCAUCCGGGCAUUUUCUUUUUCUUCUUCGUUUACCGGCCUCGCCGCCGCCCCCCCCCCUUAGCCCUCCUCAUCCGGGAACUCGGCGUGUGCCUUAGCCUCCUUCAUCCGGGCACUCGGCGUGUCCCCGAGCCCUCUCCAUCCGGGGCCCUGCUCGCUCUGACCUGCCGGCCGCCCUUCCAUCCGGGUCCCUCUCGCCUCACCUGUCCGCCCUCGCCCUCCAUCCGGGUCCUCCGCGCCCCCCCCCCCGGGCCUCCCCUCAGCGGCCCUGCCCCGCCGGCUGCCGUCAUGACCAUCCUGCCCAAGAAGAAGGCCUGCCCGGCGGCGGGGGACGGGGACCGGGACCCGCCGGGCUCUCGCGGGGGCGUCGCGGGCGGCCCCGGGGGCCCGGGCGGCGUGGGGGGCCCGGACUCCCGCGGCUGCCCGGGCGCUGACUCCCACCCGCGCGGGCCCGGCGGAGGCGUGGGGGGCGGCGGGGGGCCCGGGGACGCGCACUCGGGCCGCGGCGGCGCGCGCCCCCGGGCCUCGCCGCCGCCCCCGCCGCCGCGCUGGGGGCUGCCCCCCGCCGCCGGCUCCCCGCCGCCGCCCGCCUCGGGCGUGGGGGCGGGCGGCGACGGGCCGGGGCUGGGCCUGCUGGACCCCGGGGUGGUGGGCGAGGCGCGGGGCGGGGUGGGCGGCGGCUGCUGCUCCGGGCCCGGCCACAGCAAGCGGCGGCGGCGGGGGGGGCCCGGCGGCGGGCUGGGGCUCGGCGGGGCUGCGGGGCCCGGCGGCGGCGGCGGCAACAGCCCCGAGCAGGACGAGGCCGGCGCCGGCUACAACAGCGAGGACGAGUACGAGACGGCGGCGGCCCGCAUCGAGAGCAUGGACCCGGCCACGGUGGAGCAGCAGGAACACAGAUUCGAGAAGGCGCUGAGAGAGAAGAAAGGGUUCAUCAUAAAACAGAUGAAGGAAGACGGGGCCUGCUUGUUCCGGGCUGUGGCUGACCAGGUAUAUGGUGACCAAGACAUGCAUGAAGUGGUCAGGAAGCACUGUAUGGAUUACCUGAUGAAGAACGCUGAUUACUUCUCCAAUUAUGUGACAGAAGAUUUCACCACUUAUAUCAACCGGAAGCGGAAAAACAACUGUCAUGGCAACCACAUCGAGAUGCAGGCUAUGGCAGAAAUGUACAACCGACCUGUGGAGGUUUACCAGUAUGGCACAGAGCCCAUUAACACUUUCCACGGCAUCCAUCAGAAUGAGGAUGAGCCCAUCCGGGUGAGCUAUCACCGCAACAUACAUUACAACUCCGUGGUGAACCCCAACAAGGCUACAAUUGGGGUGGGGCUGGGGCUGCCGUCUUUCAAGCCGGGGUACGCAGAGCAGUCCUUGAUGAAGAAUGCAAUCAAGACGUCGGAGGAGUCGUGGAUCGAGCAGCAGAUGCUGGAAGACAAGAAGCGAGCAACAGACUGGGAGGCAACCAACGAGGCCAUCGAGGAGCAGGUUGCCCGGGAGUCUUAUUUGCAAUGGCUGCGGGACCAGGAAAAACAGGCCAGACAGCCUCGUAAAGCCAGUGCUACCUGCAGCUCUGCCACAGCAGCCGCAGCCAGCGGCUUGGAAGAAUGGAGUGGCCGCUCCCCUCGUCAGCGCAGCUCAGCGUCUUCCCCGGAGCACCCAGACCUGCACAAUGAGUUGAACGCUGCCAAGCCAGCCUCUCCCGGAAGCACCGGAGCUCUAGCACUUACCAAACCCCCCUCGCCUUGUGCCCCUGGUACGAGUAGCCAGCUGUCAGCCGGUGGUGGCCGAGCAACCCCUCCCUUAGUGUCAUUGUAUCCGGCCCUGGAGUGCCGGGCAAUCAUGCAACAGAUGUCCCCCACGGCAUUCGGCCUGAGCGACUGGGACGACGACGAAAUCCUGGCGUCGGUGCUAGCCGUGUCGCAACAGGAGUACUUGGAAAGCAUGAAGAAGAGUGCCCUGCACAGAGACAGUGGUGCCGACAAGAGUUGAUAACUCGCUUGCACCCCCCGCCCCCCCGUGUGCUCGCCUGACACCCCUUAGGUGCAUGUUUUGGCAGGAAGGAUGAUGAUACCUGGGACCCCUCCCCUCUUCCGCUGCUGCUGCUGAUCCACGCUCCUUCAGCUGCUCUGUGCUCCCCCACUAUGAGCUCUCUGUGUCUGACCCCCCCCUCCGGUGCGUGGGGGGGACGGAGCAAGAGAGGGACAGGACCCUCCUCCACGAGGAGCUGGAAGACGCACAAACUGGGGCAUGCUGGGCUUCCCCCUUCAUCAGCUGUUCCUGCAUUAUUCAAUGAAAAGAUUGACCCGGUCCUAAGUGAGCUCUCCCUGCUUGGGGAGUGGGUGGCUGUAGUUUGGGGAGGGGGACGGAAGCUGGAUUUGGGGCUGGCGAAGGAGGGAAACUUUGCCCGCGAGGGUCGCCCCCUCUCUUUCCUUCCCCCGGAUGCCGGGAUUGUAGUAAACUGGGGAGGGGGAGGGGGGUUUGACAGUGUGCUGCCCUCUCCUCCCCUUUCCACUGGUGUCUUGCCUCCUGCGGGGAAGGACAGCAGGACAUUAGGCCCUCGUCCUGCAGCUGUUUAAAUCGCACAGCCUUCAUCACUGAGGAGUUCUGCUUCUCUCUGCUAGAGCCACCUGGAUUGCUGUACCUUUCUCCUCUUCUUUCCAUCUCUGUGCACUCACCUGUCGGCUCACCUGCGGCGCCUGGCCUCCACAGAGCCCUGCCGCUCCUCCGGCUCUCACUGUUUCCAGCUCUGUGGCCUCCCGGCUACCACUGCUGUGGUCGUUGGCCUUUUGUCGUUUCUCCUGCUGCCGCCUCUUCCACUCUCCCUGUGCCUAGCAGCAGGGGGGACGCCGCUCACAUCUCUCAGUAUGACUACUCCGCUGGCAGCCGGCCCGGCCUUAAUAGCAGAAUGCCAAGGGCGGUGUGGGCUGACGGAAGGUCCAAACGAUGGGAGGGUGGAGGUGACAGCCUCAAGGGUGGACAGGCCAGAAGCCCUCCUGUGGGAAGUACACCUUGAAUCCCAGGGUAAGGACCAGUUCCAACAGGGGUGCUGCCUGCCGGCUGCUAGACCAUUGGUGCAAAACUACUCCUUGAAAGGAAGCCUCCUGCAACUUGACCUCUUUCAGGCGUGGCGUCUUCCUUGCUUCUGCUGUGGCUCUAGCCCACCCAGUGUGACCUUCCGAAUCGCCAAGCUGGGACUGAAGCAGCUCUCUCUGGCCGUCCUUUUCAGGGAAGGGCCCAACAGCAGCUGCCACCUGCUCCUGCCCCUUUACGCCAAGGCUGAGGUCCCAGAAGGGGCGGGAGUUGGUGACAUUUCCGCCCCGUCACCUUCGGAAGAUUCCAAGAGGCAGUUUUGCGGAGCAAGGGGCUGUCUUGCUGCUAUAGGAAAAACCGAUCCAGGAAGCCCCUUAGAAGACUGGUUUUGAAAUAAUCUGGUGCCUGAAAUAAAGUAUGGGCAGAGUUGACCUCCUGCACUACUCCUCUCUUUCUCUGUCUCUGUCUCUGCCCUCCCCUCCCCCUUUUAGCCUCUGAGGUUGGUGGUUAUAAGUCCUUUGUACAGACAGAGAACUGAUGCUGCGGAAGGCAGCAAAAACCCUUGAGGCCUCUCUUGCUAAACUGUACGCUUUCUGGUGCCCAGGAAACUCCCCCUUUUUUUGCUUGCCCAGGUGCUCCAGCUCUCUCAUGCCCUUCUCCUCUCUCCCCCACCCCCACCCCCAGUAUGGACAUGGAGCCUUGCUCGUCCCCCAUAUGCUGGUUUCUUACCAGUUAGAAACUCAAGAUGCCUUGACCGGGAAUGCCAAAUUCUGCAAGGCUAGUGUAAGCAGAGUAAAUUAUGUAAAUAUUACAUUUAUUUGAUCUAGUUAAAGCAAUCAAAUAGAUUUUGAGAUAUAUUAAAUGGAGAAUGCGUA